AUGAAGAAGGAAAAAGUACUUCCUUCUGAUUUUGGGUAUAUUAAAGGUCCAAUAACACGAGCAGCUGCCUUGCGUGCUUCUGGGAAGAUGCCACCUUUAAAGGCACCGGCAAAAGAAGACUGGAAAAGGAUUUUGCGAGCAAAUCCAAAAAGAGCAGCCUUAGAUGAGAACAGCACCAGCGGACCUGAUAAUUCAGGGAAUCAACGUAAGAAGAGAGCAGUGCUUCAGGAUGUCACAAAUGCUAAGAUAGCCAAGCAGGCUAAAAAGCGUCACCUCAAUGUGUCAAAAAUUGCCCCUAGAGCUAAUUCGAAGAAAAAAAUUGUUUGUCAAGAAGUAAAACGGGAACCUUACUCUGAAGUUGUACAUUCAAGUACUUCAGGAAAAGAUGUACCUUCUCAGCCCAGUGGCAUAAGGGAGUUUGGCACAGAUGAUCCUCAGCUUCCUAAUCAGUGUUCGAGAAUGCCUUCUCAUCCCUAUAAUUCUCCAAAGAAAGAGAAAAGCAAUGUUUCAGAGAAUUGGAAGAUAUCAAGUGAUCGAGAUUUUAUAGAUAUUGAUAGUGAUCACAUGGAUCCUCAACUUUGCAGCCUUUAUGCUGCUGAUAUCUAUAGCAAUUUACGUGUUGCGGAGCUUGUCCGAAGGUCUCCUCCUACUUUUAUGGAAGCGGUGCAACGAGACAUCACUCAAAGUAUGAGAGGGAUUUUAGUUGAUUGGCUUGUCGAGCAUGAAGUGACAUCUCAUGAUCUGGAGAAUUCUCCAUUCAGUUUUGUCCCAAUUCUUGCACCAAUCAAAGUGGGACCAUUAGAGCUCCAGAUUACCUUGAACUAUCCUUACAGGGAAAUGAAACCAAAUAGGAUCAAUGUAACUGUUGACUUCAUAACAGCCAUUAAUAUCAAAUAUGAAGAGAUUUGUUCGCCACAUGUGGAAGAAUUUUGCUUCAUCACUGACAACACAUACACUAGUGUAGAGGUGUUAGGGAUGGAGACUCAAGUGUUAAACUUUUUUGGCUUUCAGAUAUUUGCUCCUACUGCAAAAACUUUUCUGAGGAGAUUUUUACGUGCAGCACAGGCAUCCUACAAGAACCCUAGUUAUGAACUGGAGUAUCUGGCUGAUUACCUAACAGAAUUGACAUUAGUUGACUACAGUUUCUUGAAUUUUCUUCCUUCUGUCAUUGCUGCAUCAUCUGUAUUUCUUGCCAGAUGGACGUUGGAUCAAACAAGCCAUCCAUGGAGUCCAACUCUAGAACACUAUACUUCUUACAAGGCGUCGGAUCUUAAAACUACAGUUCUUGCACUGCAAGAUUUACAAUUGAACACCAACGGGUGUCCUCUGAAUGCCAUACGCACGAAGUAUAGGCAACCGAAGAUAUCAGGUCCCAUUGUAAAUGCACUUGCAUUGUGGUUUGGUCUCAUUCCAUUUUCUAAUCAAGUUGUUCUCAUAGCAGUUCAAAUCUGUGGCGGCUUUGUCUUCUCCGAAACUGCUUGA